GACCUUGAUGCAAGCAAGCUAGCUAGCGCGGGCGGGACACAUACAUCCCGUGACACCACUACAUACGCGCGGCGUCUUACCUUACCUAGCCACCUAGCUACCUGGUCUCCGGCUAUUCCCUUUCGCACCAACGUGAGAUUUUGCCACCUAGAGAAGUCAGGCGCUGUCCACAGGGGCUCCAUAUCAGCAGCCGCAGUAAUAAUGUCGCCACCAUUGCUAAUGGCAAGGGCACCCCGUUGCGGGCCCGUCAUAGCGAGCAUGCUUAUCGUCUGGGCCUUCACCAUCAUUCCACAUGUGUCAGCGGGGCGUUCACUGCUCGCGGCAGCAGCAGAUGGCCAGCAGCGGGCUGCGUCGUCGUCGGCAUGCGCUCAGCUGCAGGGCGGAAGCGACCCCUGCUUCCCUGGCAAGUGCCAAGGGAAAUCUAGCAGCGAGUUCACCUGCACGUGCCCGCCUGGCUACAAGGUGGCUGCAAGCAACAAGAAGUGUGACGCGGACCCUUGCGCCUCCGUUGAUUGGGAGUCGGUCGACGCCUGCGUCUUCGCAAACGCCCAGCUCUCGGUGACCUGCAAGUCCGGCUUCAACUCCUAUAACUCCAACAGCAAGAAAUGCCGUGACAUCGACGAGUGCGAUGGCUUCGACCGCGCCACUGUGGCGUCCUGCACAAACAGCAAGGGCUCCUACGCCGUCAUUUGCAAGCCCGGCUUCCAUGACUACGACACCAACAGCAAGACCUGCACGGUGGCGCCAUCUCCCCCGCCGCCGCCCAACAUCGACGAGUGCGAUGGCUUCGACCGCGCCACUGUGGCGUCCUGCACAAACAGCAAGGGCUCCUACGCCGUCAUUUGCAAGCCCGGCUUCCAUGACUACGACACCAACAGCAAGACCUGCACGGUGGCGCCAUCUCCCCCGCCGCCGCCCAGCCCUUCCCCUCCCCCCUCACCGCCUCCUCCUCCUCCCCCAUCGCCGCCGCCCCCGAGCCCUCCUCCGCCCAGCCCGGUUGCUGCUGCUUCAUCCCCGCAUGCUCCUCCCCCUUCAACAACAUUUUCGUUCCGUGUGUUUGGUGGGUUCGUCUGCAUGACUGUGCCCCCGUCCGGCGGACCUAUGUACUGGGGUGGGUGUUUCAGUGGUGCGUCAGCCUGGCAGAACUUCAUGGUUGAGGACACGGACACCCCAAACCAGUAUGUGAUCAAGCUGGCUGCGGAUCCAACCUUGUCGCUGAAUUACAGCGGCAACCUCGACGACGGCCCCGCCAAGGUGGUCCUUUCCAGUGACGCUGCUUCGAUGAGGGCCUGGACUAUGACCAGCAGGUGAGCAGCAAUAAAACGAAAUGCUGAUAGUUGCUUUGCAUAUGGGCGGUAGCUGGCUAUUAACGGGCGGGAACUCCUAGAUAGG